AUGAGCCAUGGAAGCAGUUCUCUCGCCUCUGGUAAUCUAGGCUUCAUCGCAACUUGGUUUCAUAGGGGUUUUUUCUGUCGGAUCAUCAUCAGGGAUUCGAUCUAAGGCUGAACUUGAUGGAAUCACGCAGGUGCCAGGAGGUCGUUCGAAUUCGGGAGAACCCAUGUGGUGCGCCCCAAGGGAAGGCAUGAAGCUACCGUCGUCUGGCUUCAUGGGCUAGGCGAUAAUGGUUCUAGGUAUUGGUCCAUCUUUUUUCUCAUCAUUCCUCUCUUGGUUCUGAAAACUGCUGCCUGUCCAAACCCAUCGAGUACCUGGGACUGGAAGCCUCAUGAACUGUGUGAACCAAGAUUUUUCAGCCGAUUUUGUGAGCAUGGCUAGAACGAUCUUCGUAACUUCUGAUGAUGAUAUGAUCUGAUCUGAAGUUGCUCAUGCUUGCCUCCUGGGAGUGUUUGUGUGUGUGUGUGUGUGUGGCCGGGCAUCAUCAUCAUCAUCAUCCACUGGUAUAACUUAUGGUUUUGAUCUGGGUCAAACCCAGAUACGUCAAUAUGCUGCAUGGAUUUAUCUGUCCGUUUUCUCGUAAUAUUUUCAUCAUGCAUCAUUGAUCUUUAAUUUUUCUUUUUUCAGCUGGUCGCAACUCCUAGAGACGCUUCCUCUCCCGAACGUAUGGAUGAUCACUCAUCGAUCCUUAUGUUCUUUGAUAUGAGCUCUGUUCAUCUUAGUCUUCAUCCUACGAUCACACAAAGUAUUUAGAUUUUGAUGGAGAUACUAUGUUAUUUAUGCCGUCUCUGACGGAGCUCAACUCCACAAAAUGCCCACGUACAGAUUAAGUGGAUAUGUCCAACCGCUCCGACCAGACCUGUAGCGGUCUUCGGCGGAUUCCCCUGCACGGCAUGUGAGAGAUUAAUCUCCCGCUUUGAGCAUCUCGCUGUGUAUCCCCAAGCCGUCCUCCUUCCAAUCUGGGGCGAUUUUCUGUGGCAGGGUUCGACGUGGGGGAACUCUCGGAGGACGGGCCUGACGAUGUGGAGGGCUUGGAUGCGUCAGCUGCCCACGUGGCGAACCUCCUGUCCACGGAGCCCUCUGACAGUAGGCCUCCAACGAUUUCUCGGUUGGUUCCUCCGUUGACUUUGGUGGCGUCAUGAUUGUUUUCCGACGCGUUGGUGUGCAGUCAAACUUGGCGUCGGGGGCUUCAGCAUGGGCGCUGCGACGGCUCUGUACUCGGCUACUUGCCAUGCCCUUGGGAAAUAUGGGAACGAGAACCCGUACCCAGUCAACAUCAGGGCUGCCGUUGGUCUGAGCGGCUGGCUUCCAUGCUCCAGGUUUGUAAGCCCAUCUGGAUCGAGUAGCUGCUAGUAUAAAAUGGGGGUGUGUUCGACCCUGGAGAAACCAUCUGCCAUGAUAUAAUGCUGGAAUUGUUGGUUCCAUCCCUUCCGACUUGAAGCCAGUUGGUGAUGACAAAGUUAGGCCCAUCUUCACAAAUCGCAGGUCUACUUCUGCGAUGAUCAGUAUGAGACAGAGAGAUGCCUACCAUGCAAUCCCUCGUAAUCUUUUGUUGGCUAUGGAAUAGGUUCUGCCGGCCCCACCGGGGGGUGAGAUACAGCUGACUGACUGACUGACUGACUGACUGACUGACUGACUGACUGUUCUCCGUGGUUCUCUGUUCACCUUUUUGGCCUGGCCAGGAUACUGAAGGGCAAGGUAGAAGGCUCCCAAGAAGCUGGAAGUCGUGCUGCGGCUUUGCCGAUCUUGCUUUGCCAUGGAAAAGGUAUCUCAAAGCUGCAGCGCUGGGCUUCUUGCCUCUUUAUUCUCCUACCUUUUUACGCCGUGGAUAGAUAGCAGUUGUUGUUCUUGAGCACUUGGUUUUCGGUGAUUAGCCUGUCCUCUGUGAAUCCUGAAAAAAUAAAUAAAGAAAGCUCUUUUCUUGGUGGCUAAUCAACCCCCCACCCUCCCCUCUCCGCAUCAUAAAGCUCUUUUCUUUGGGUGCUAUUUGACUGUCUCCGGUAUAAUUCCUCGCGGGUUUGCUCCGUUUAAUUUAGGAUUCAAACUAUCUUCUGAGAAAUCUCUCGCCGAUCUUGGUGGGCGUGUCUGAUGCUUCAGACUGUAUUGCUCUUCCUUUGCUGCCGUCUUUCAGGGGACGACGUGGUCCUCUACAAAUAUGGGGACGGUUCUUCCAAGGUCUUGGCUUCCUCUGGAUUCCAGAAUCUCACCUUCAAGACCUACAAUGGGUGGGCACCCUUUCCCCUCGAUUCAACCAACCAAGUCAAUAGCCGCCUCCCUUCCCCCCCGGCCCUCGUUUCUUCGUCUGACAUCUCUCUUCUCCUCGCAGGCUUGGGCAUUACACGAUCCCCGAGGAGAUGGACGACGUCUGCAAGUGGCUCACGACAAGCUUGGGACUCGGCGGGUCCACCUCCUGA